ACAAAAUAUAAGCAUGACUGAACCGUUUUCAAUUAUUUAGAAUUUUCAUAAACUGUAAUUUUCAAAGAGUGGAAUAAAAAAACAGCUGCAAGUCCCAUUGAGUGUAAGACUCAUUGUCUAGAAAGCACAUCACACAACAUGAAGAAGAGCUCUAAAGUGAGUAAAAAAUCAUCUCCAAAAAGGACUGUACGAGAUGCAUUUCCCAAAAUAAUACGAGGAAAUGAAAAAAAUUCUUCUACGGAUAAAAAAUCGAAAUAUUCUGGCUCAGAGAAGGAAACAAAAAAAGAAGUCGCCGGGUCUCUAAGUUUAGAGGAACGAAUUGAGAGUGAUCCUGAACUAUCCAAAGCUCUUGACGAUGCUUACAAAAGUAUAUUAUCCGAACGUAUGAGUUUACCCGUCCAUGAACAAGAACUAAGUAAAGUGCAGCUUGUCUUGCACCACUUUGACAUGUCUGCGAAAUAUGGACCUUAUCUGGGAAUGACUCGGCUUGAACGCUGGCGUCGUGCAAAACGAUUCGAGUUGAAUCCACCUGACAUUAUAGAACAAGUGUUGACCUUAGAAGAAGCUGAUGAAGAGAACAGAAAACGAGAGACCCUUUUUUAUGAUUUUAAACCAAUGGUUGGAGAGUAAUUUAUCCAAAUUAAGGAUGCCUCAAAUUCACUUUAUGAUAAUGCUUCUUCAAAUAAAGUACUAUCUUCGUAGUCGGGGUUUUCUUCAUAUAGACCGACCAUUGUUUCUCGUUUUGGGACGGUACCAUGAACUCGAACCUGGUACAGGCAAGUAUAUUCAGGAUUCCCCCAAUUGCUUUUAACCUUGAAAAUGACACUUUUCAUUGGAAGUUUUGAUGAAACAUGAAUGGGGAAUGUUUGAAUUGGCUCGCCUUGAAGAUUAUAUAGUACGCUACCUAAGUAAGAAAAUCCCUUUUUCCCGUUUUGAUGAAUGUCCUGACCCCAUAAUUCAAUUUCUUUGGGAGCACUAGAAAGAUCGUGCGCAAUCUUAUGAUUGACAUGUUCAAUAGUGACAUUUGUCACAUAAACCGGGCGUGAAAGCGAAAUUCCUAACUGUCCUUCGGAACCUUUAAAGCUCCAACACAUCGCGACACCGUUCGUUGAUUGCAGUGCCAUAUUUGGAUCAUGUCCUCGUAUUGUUAACGAGUCAAACAAAUAUGAAGCAGCCUUUGGGAGAAGCGAAGAAGGUCUUUUGACAUAACUUUUUGUUGUCAGAAAAGGUAAAACAUCUGCCCCAGUUGACAAAAGAGCAAAAUUAGGCAGUGAGACAGGGUCACCAAUAUAAUUUUGCACGGUUGCUUGAAUGAAGUUUUUCCACUCGUCGUCGAGCUCAACGGCUGCCAAUUCUGAUGAUUUAAAUGACAGUAUCUCUUUCUCUAACUGGAUUUUCAUUUCCUUUAUCUUGGUAUCUAGAAUAUUGUUGAAUUCUUCUCUUGUCAAGAAGCCAGUCAUAGGUUCAGCUUCACCUUCUUUAUCAUUUUUUUCGUUUAAGGAUUCAGAAUCAUGCAAUGAUUGACCUAAAUUGGUUGUGUUUGGAGGCGGUUGUUGGGCUAUCGGUGGAUUUAGUAAAUUUUCUUUACGAAAUGAAACAUCAGGUGCUUUAUGGAGUAUUCCGAUAAUUAUCAAAGUCAGAAUUAAUGCAAGUAAAAACCAAGCCAGCGGCUUAAUGGACUCCAAAGGUAACCAUGAAAUCUGCUUCCAAGUAUUUUUGAAAGGUCGCCUGCGUACUUUAGCGGAAAAACGCUUAGGAUAAGCUUCCUCAGUAUCUUCUUCCAACUCUGAAAGCUCUUCGUUAUCUUCGGUAUCUGCGACGCUUGUUUCUUCUAUACCAUCUUCAUUUUCUUCAGAAGAAUAAGAUGCAUUGGAGGGGGUGGAUCGAUCGCUCCUUACAGCACGCUCAAAUUCCUCGUUUUCGGAAGCUUCACUGAUGUGGUCCUGAUUAUACUGAAGCCCCAGUCCAAAGGCAGGAGCUGGUGCCGUUUGGUUGGAGGACAUAGUUUCUACAGACACACGGGUGGGAGGAGAGCGAAGUUGGGUGUAUCGAAGUUUGUGCAUUUUUGCGGCCAUAUCUGUAGUAUUUUGGUGAAUUUGUUCAGUGUUUGUACCUAAUCGGGACCACGCUGGAUGUGCACCAUUAUAUCUCUCCCGUUUUCCUCCAACUGGCGUAUUUGUAAACAUUUUAAGAACGCAAUUAGCUAUCUAUAUAUUCAAAGAGAGAUAAACAAGUUUUGGAAAACGAUUUUUGAAUGUCAACAGAUUGAAACCGGC